UCCACUACGUCUCUCUUCUCGACCUCCACAUCCUACUAUGCUCGCCAGACUGACUGCUCGUUGCCCCGUGCGUUCUCUGACCCGCGGAUAUGCGACCCAGCUCAGAGGUCGCGCCGAAAUCCUAGCGAAGCGACCGGAUGAUGUCGUUGUGACGUUCGCGAAGAGGACGGCGAUGGGACGAGCAAAGAAGGGUCAGUUCAAGGAUGUGCCGGUAGACGAGCUGCUGCAUGCUCUAUUCAAGGCGACCUUUGAGAAGACGAAGCUCAGCCCCGCGUUGCUGGAAGACAUCUGUGUCGGGACAUGCCAUCCGCCAUCCCCACUAUACGUUUCGCGCGCGGCGGCCAUUGCUGCGGGCAUUCCAGUCGAGGUCCCCAUAUCCACUGUAAAUCGGCUCUGCUCCUCCGGGCUACAAUCAAUUGUGAACAUCUCCAACGCCAUCCGUGGUGGACAAAUUGAGCUAGGAAUAGCUGUUGGUAUGGAGAGCAUGUCCCUCAAUCCUCGUCCCACCCCGGAGAUCGUCCCCGCAAUUGGAGAGAAGCCUCAGGCUCACGACUGUGUCCAGCCCAUGGGGUGGACGUCCGAAAUGGUUGCACGAGCAUACAAUGUUCCUCGGCAGAAGCAAGACGAGUAUGCCUUGAUAUCUCAUACUCGUGCAUCGAAGGCAGUUUCCGAGGGCAUCUUUGCGGAGGAGAUUCUCCCAGUCGAGAUCCGGGGCACCGUCAUUUCAGUAGACGACACCGUCCGACCGGGCGUGACCCUCGAGUCGCUCGCAAAGCUCAAGCCCGCCUUCCUCGAGGACGGCGCCUCGACCGCGGGCAACUCGAGCGGCGUCGGCGAUGGAGCCGCUCUCUGCAUCCUCACGACGCGUGCCAGGGCGGAGAAGGAGGGGUGGGACGUCGUCGGCAAGUAUGUAACCAGCGCGUUCGUGGGCGUGGAGCCGCGCUACAUGGGCAUCUCCCCUGCGGUGGCCAUCCCGAAGAUCCUUGCCCAGACGGGCUUGUUGAAGGAAGACAUCGACGUCUGGGAGAUCAAUGAAGCGUUCGCUUCGCAGUUCGCGUACUGCGUCGAGCAGCUCCAGAUUCCCAUUGAGAAGAUCAACCCCAAUGGGGGCUCCAUUGCGCUCACACAUCCGCUGGGCAUGACCGGUACUCGCCAAGUCGUCACUGGCCUAGCGGAGCUGCGCCGGAGGAACGCCCCUCUCCUCUGCACGAGCAUGUGCAUUGGGAGCGGCAUGGGUGGUGCCGCCAUAUUCGUGAACGAAGCCCGCCACUAAGAGCUACAUGUAGCACCUCUGGCACUUGAUCCAUUUGCUCGCAGUCGUAUACUCGUACAUCAGUGCAAUGCUCCACUGCUUUUUGCCCAGCAUCACAACUUCGCCUUCGUCACCGUUUUGUAUGCCCUGAGAGCUUCAUCAACGAUCUCCGUCAUGGCGAGGACAGCCUCCUCCUCGAGCAUCUGCCCCACGACUUGUAAGCCGACAGGGGCGUUCUUGAACGUCUCCGGACUGUAUAGCUCCCAGUUCCGCCGAUCCUUCUCGCCCAAGAACUCACUGCGAGGCUGUGCUCGAUCUUGCACCGGGUCGACGCUGGUGACAGGGAAGGCGCAGCAGGCGUAGUUGAGCGAGUUCCACACGGCGGUGUACGUCGAGAUCCUGGCAAGCCAACCCUCACUAAGCCCAAAGUAAUUCACAAUGCGCACAGAGAACAAACGGCGUUUUCCCGUGCGGGCAUGCCGCAUGUGGCGCAACCGGGGCGAUGAUCGCGUCCACCGGGCGGCCGGUGCCUGUGUACUUCACGCUGUCGCGCCAGACGGCGAGGUACUCCUCGCGCAGGCCCGUGCGCGCCUUCUGGAUUUGCCAGAGCUCGUAGGCGGAAAGGGUGCGCGCAUAGGUGACGCCGACGUCGGCGACGCCUGCGGAGCCUUCGGGGGCCAUGGUCGUGAGGCGCGGCUCGCCGGUCGGACUGAGGACGGCGUUGAUGUCUUCCGCCGCGGCGGCCAUCCAGAUCUUCGCCACGUUGUCGUAGAGUUCCUGGUGCUUGUGGGGCGUCCAUGGUACCACUUUGUGUCCUGCAGCGACCAACGCCGCUUCCACAACCUUCAGCGCCCUCUGGAUGGGCGGGUGCGGUAUGACGUUCCCGUCGUCCGCCAUGAUGCCAAAGCAGAGCUGCUUCCCGUUCCCGUGGUCUGCGAGCCGGUACGCGUCCUCGUCCCAUUUCUUCCGGAUAGCCAGCGGGUCGAGGACCCACGGCUCGCUCUGGAUGACGGCCUUGAGGAACGC